AAUUUCAUGGCGGUGAUGAAGAUCAUGAAGAUUUUGUAGAUAGGUUCAUAUCAUAUAUUACCUUGGCUGGAGUAAAUAAUGAUGCAAAUAUUCUCACUAUAUUAGAUCGAUCCUUAAAAGGAGAAGCAAGAGAAUGGUAUCAUAGAGAAUUUGACAAUAAAAAUUGGGAGUUAGAAAAUGUACUUGAUAACUCUGAUAUAGGUGCAACAAUAGCACAUAUUCGUAGUGCUAAUACAGGAGGUAUAACGGGUGCAGUCGCUUCUUUCUCAAAUGUUCUAUUUGGACUUACAGUACCAGUUGCACCAAAUGCUGGAGGAGGUGUUCCUAUUAUUCUAGCAGGAAG